AUAUUUGUAAAAAAAACAAAAAAAAACACUGAUACAGAAUUACAGAUAUACACGCUUCACUACCCUAAUUCCGAACUCAGCCGCGAGCCCACCACAACGGCACAACCUGCUCAGCUCCUCCCUGACUCUCUCCCUCCCUCUCGGCUCCAGUGCCCACAGCCACAACCCCCAAUUUCUAGUUGAUUUCAGCUCACUAGAUUUGACUAAUACCCGAGCUUGGCAACAGUAAUCUUACCAUGAAACGGGGGCGAGAGGCUGACUGUGAAGAUGAUGUCUUUACAAGCCAAGGCGCGGAAACACUGGAUUAUGAGGAUAGUGAGGGAGACGGGUCUGAGUUCGAUAGUGAUGGACUGGCAGAUCAUGAGAGUGAUGGAGAUGAAGACAAUGAAGAUGAUGGAUUCAAAGAUGAUGAUAGUGAUGGAGAUGAAGAUGAUGAAAUUAGUGGGGAGGAAGAAGUUGAAGAUGAUGAGGAGAUGGAGAAUGCAAAAAAUGAAGAGAGGAAUAUUGCUGAGGUUGAAGAACUAGAGAAGGAAUAUAUGGAGCUUCGUCACGAGGAGCAAGAUCUCCUGAAGAACUUAAGGAGGCAAAAAGAUGAAGAUGUUCUGAAAGGCCAAGCAGUAAAAAACCAGAAGGCUUUAUGGGAUAAGACUCUUGAGUUGAGAUUUCUGCUGCAAAAAGCAUUCUCGAAUUCAAAUAGACUUCCACAGGAUCCUAUAAGAUCCUCACUUUGUGAUUCCUCUAGUGAAACCAGUGAAGCAUAUUCAGACCUUAUAACGACAUCAAAGAAGACCUUGGAUUCUAUACAGAAACUGCAGGAGGCCCUACUUGAGAAGAAUCCAACAAUUACUCAGGGUGCUGAUGGUACUUCUGGAAAAAAUACCAAGCAAUUGAAAGCUUCUGAAAAUUUGAUGGUGGAAGAAGAUCAAGAGUGGUCAAAGAUAUCUGAAAUGCAGUCAAGAAUAGUCUCUUUUAGGAAUAAAGCAGUAGAUAAAUGGCAGAGGAGAACUCAGGUGACCACUGGCGCUGCUGCAAUUAAAGGAAAAUUGCAAGCCUUUAAUCAGAGUAUUAGUGAUCAAGUUUCUGCUUAUAUGAGGGAUCCUAGUAGGAUGGUCAACGGAAUGCAGCAGAGGAGAUCAGCUAUCGCUAUAUUUGGAACUGAUCCAGAAACCUCUAAUAUUACCAAGGAAGAGGAGGUAAAUGGUGAUCCAGAGCUUCUUGACGACUCUGAAUUUUAUCAGCAGUUGCUGAAAGAAUUCUUUGAGACAAUUGAUCCAACCUCAUCUGAGGCUGCAUUUUAUGCUUUGAAGAGGAUGCAAACUAAGAAGCGAAAGGUUGUUGAUCAGCGUGCUUCAAAAAGUCGCAAAAUUAGAUACCAUGUUCAUGAAAAGAUUGUCAAUUUUAUGGCUCCUCGGCCUAUGAACCUUCCACCAAUGGCUCCAAAAUUGUUCGAGAAUCUUUUCGGCCUCAAGGUGCAGAAAGCUGCUUGAGCAUUAUCAGACUUUUAUAAGGAUUUGAAGCAUAUCCUAGAAAUUGUGUUUUAGUGACACUAAAUAUAUUUUGGAAUAGUAAUGGGUAAUUGGGCACAGUUUGUUUGCCAGGUAAAGCAUUUUCUAGGUAAUUGAGAGCUUAGCUUAUCAUGUUAAUAACAUGUUUUGUUUGAAAAGCAUUAAAAUAUGUCUCGUGUCUAGCCUUCGAGCUGGUGGUUGUUUUACAAUGCAAGAUCUAGCUGAUAAUGGUUUCAAUGAAGAAAUUUA